AUGAAAUGUUAUUAUGAACUUUUGGGGGUAUCGAGGGAUGCAAAUGACGAUGAAUUGAAAAAAGCUUAUAAAAAAUUAGCUUUGAAAUGGCAUCCUGACAAAAAUGUAGAUAAUGAAGAAGUCGCAAAAGAAACCUUUCAAUUGGUACAACAAGCUUAUGAAUUGAUGAUUUGUAUAAUUAAGUAUGAUAAUCACAGAGAAGCCAUUCUUAAAGGAGGUUUAGGUAGUGAUUACAAAGAUGACUCUCUUGAUAUUCUUCCUUAUUUUACAGCAUCCUGCUAUAAAGGAUUCGGUGAUGAUCCCAAGGGAUUUUAUGCUGUUUACCAAGAAGUUUUUAAUAAAUUGGCAGCAGAAGAUUCAGAAUAUAUAAAGGAAGAUGAACCUGAAAUUCCUGGUUUUGGAAAAUCAGAUUCAUCUUAUGAAGAUGUCGUAGCUCCUUUUUAUUCUUACUGGAUGUAUUAUAGCACUAAAAAAUCAUAUUAUUGGUUAGAUCCUCAUGACACAAGGCAGGCUCCUAACAGCAAAAUAGCAAAAUUAAUUGAAAAAGAAAAUAAAAAAGUUAGAGAUAAAGCCAAAAAAGAAAGAAAUGAAGAAGUUAGGAAUUUAGUUGCUUUCGUUAGAAAAAGAGAUAAAAGGGUACAAGAAUGGAAUAAAAAGUUAGAAAUGAAAGCCAAAGAAAAUCAGCAAAAGUCAGAAGAGCAUAGAUUACAAAAAAUUAAAGAAAGAAGAAAUCAAAUGAAAGAUUAUAAAGAAAGUGAAUGGUUAAAAUUUUCAAAUGUAGAAAAUGACUUGAAGCAAAUUGAAGAAAAUUUAGCUAAAGAAUUUGAUGAUUAUUCUUCAUCGGAAUAUGACAACAGUGAGGAAAAUAAUGAAAAUAAUUCUUUUUUCUGUGUCGCAUGCAACAAAGUAUUUAAAACUGAAAAAUCAUUUGCCAAUCAUGAAAAAUCUAAAAAACAUAAAGAAAGUGUUCAGUUACUUAAAGAAACAAUCAUAGAGGAAGACAAAGCUUUAAAUUUAAAUUGUUCUAGCAGCAUGAAUGAUGUGCAGUUACCUGAAGAAGAAAUGAAAGAAAAUAAUCUAGAACCAGAAAUUUCCGAUACGCUCGCAGAUACGAAGAAAAAAAAGAAAAAAUCAAAACAGAAAAAAUUAUUUACAGAAGACUUAAAUCAAUCAGACAGUGAUAAUUCAGUAGAAGACUUAAAUAUUUUAUUGGAAAAUUGUGAUCAACUUAAAAAUUCUGUACAGUCUUUAAAAAUAUCAGAUGACGCCAGCAAUGAAAACGUUUCUCCAUCUAAAACGUCCAAAAAAAAUAAGAAUAAAGAUAUUAAUAAAGACAUAAAAGUUGAUGCAAAUUUGGCAUGUGCAGUUUGUAAAAAUCAAUUUCCAUCUAAAAACAAAUUAUUUAAUCAUUUGAAAUCUUCAUGGCAUUCUGUGUACUUACCCAAUUCAGCCACGGCUCAAAAGAUAAAGAAUCCGAUUAAAACAAAAUAA